AUGUUUGACAUUUCGAAGGCGUAUGUUCGAGACCGAGAAAGAGACGAUCAGAGAAUUGCUUCUGCUAAAAUCCUGGAAAAAGUUCAAGCCGAACAGGACUUUAUAAAGCGGGAAGACGUGCUUGAUAGAAAAAGAAUUUGGAAACUAAGACAAUUGGAGGAGCAGGAGAGAGAACUAGUCGAGUCUCUUCAAAGAGUAUUUACACAAUAUACAAUUCAGAAAAAACAUAUUCAGGAAACCAACAGAAAAAUAACCCAAGAAAACGAGCGAAUUGCCAAAGAACUGCGAGACAAAAAAGACGUGGAAACAAAAGACCAGGCAAUCAGGAAGAAGAUCAGAGAGUCGAGAUCUCGAGCCAAAGCCCAGCGCUACAAGGAAGAACUCAAAACAAUAAUUUCAGAGGACAUGUCUUUGCGGGCAAAGGAAAGGGAGAUCCGACAAAAGGAACUCGAGGAAGAAGAGAGAAGGAUUGCCCUUGACGAACAGCUGAUCCUAUCGAGACAGGAAACUGUCCAGAAGGCCAAGGAAACUCGCAAGGCAGAGUUGGAGACCGUCCAGUCGCAGCUCGGAGAACUUAUUCGACAAAAGGAAAAGGAGCGGAUGGAAUUGGACGAAAUCCGGAUGGAACUGAGUUUGGAGGAAGAGGAGACGAGAGCCUUCGAACACGAGCGGAUUGAAGAGGAGCGACGAAGGAAGGCCAAGAGUGACCUCCAGGCUGACAAGAUGAGACAAUUCGAGGAACACCGACAACGGAAAAUGGCUCGAGAGGCGGAAGACGAGGCCAUAAAACAAGCCAUGUUGGCUAAAUUCGCGGAGGACGACAAACUGGAGCAACUCAGCAACCAACGACGCAGACAAAAAAUGAUGGAACACCGCCGUGCCGCGGACGAGUUUGUCGAACAACGACGGAAACAUUAUUUGGAACUGCUGGUAUUUCGCUGGCUGUCAUUUCAAGGCCAAAGAAGAGGAAGAUCUGAUCAGAGAAAGGGAGGCUCAGCAGGCCUACGAUUCGCUCGUCGAAGAAGAACGUUUGAAGAUUCUGGAAAGUCACGCCCAGGGGUUGGUGGGGUACAUGACAAAAGUAAAAAUCCCGCCAAAUCUGGACUAGAUUUGUCUCAAAUGAGACAGGAUACUGAGGAGACCAUCGAGACCAUAGAAAGUAGGCAUUCUAAAUGGUUCUAUAAACAGAACAAAUAUCUGAAAAACAAGAAUUAG